AUGGUCCGCAAUCUGGCCAAGGACACAGUUCAGGCAGCCAAAACCCAGGUUCCGGAUGCCAGACAACAGGUCCAACGCAUUAAAGCUGCCCGUGCGUAUGCUGAGACGCUGACAAAACCGGAGAGCCACGACACAGACAAGAAAACUCACACCCCCACUGUCAACCUUGAUGAGUUGGGCUUUACUUGGUACUGCGACGGCCGCACGGCGGAUGGCGUGGGCUGCAACAACGGGGCCGGUUUUGAGAAUGAGCUCUAUCAUUGCGUCUACUGUUCGGCAUGCGAUUUCUGCCGGGACUGCCUUGAUUGA